AUGGCGGCGCUCAUGAACCGUGAUAUUUUUGAUGAUAUAAUUGCGAAAGUUUUCGGUGUUGGUGCCCUAAAGUCUCAUCAGUUGGAGACAAUCAUCAUGGCACGGAAAAUAAAAAAUGAUUUUGUUAAACUCUGUACAGCCGCCAUUUUUCUUUCGUGGACUCAGGUUGUUAUAGUAAGCUGCCAAGUGACUACAGAUUCAACUGAAACUAUGGAACGCAAUGUAACUACAGAACCCAUGGCAACUACAAAACUCAAUGUAACUACAAGACUCAAUAUAACUAAAGAACCGAUGGUAACCACAGAACCCAAUGUACCUACAAAACCCAUGGUAUCUACAGAACCCAACGUAACUACAGAAUUAAUGGUAACUACAGAACCCAGUGCAAGUACCAAACCCAACGUAACUAUAGAACAUAACGUAACUACAGAAAUCAAUGUAACUGCGGAACCCAAUGUAACUACACAACCCAAUGUAACUGCACGACCCAAUGCUUUUACAGAACCAACUGUAACUGCAAAACCCAAUAAAACUACAGAACACAUGGUAAGUCCAAAACCCAGUGUAACUACACAAUCAAUAGUGUCUACAGAAUCAAUGGUGUCUACAGAACCCAGUGUAACUACAGAACCCAGUGUAACUACAGAAUCAAUGGUGUCGACACGACCCAGUGUAACUACCGAACCCAAUGUAACUACAGAACCUACUGUAACUACAGAACCCAGUGUAACUACAGAACCCAGUGUAACUACAGAACCCAGUGUAACUACAGAAUCAAUGGUAUAUACACAAUCCAGUGUAACUACAGAACACAGUGUAACUACAGAACCCAAUGUAACUACAGAAUCUAGUGUGACUAUAGAAGCAAAUGUAACUACAGGGCCCAGUGUAACUACAGAAUCAAUGGGAAAUAGAGAACCUAAUAUAACUACAAAACCCAAUUUAACUACUGAGCCCAGAGUAACUACAGAACCCAAAGUAACUACAGAACCUAGUGUGACUAUAGAAGCAAAUGUAACUACAGGACCCAAUGUAACUACAAAAUUAAUGGGAACUAGAGAACAUAAUGUUACUACAGAACUCAAUGUAACUACAGAGCCCAGAGUAACUACAGAACCCAAUGUAACUACAAAAAACAGUGUAACUACAGAAUCAAUGGAAACAAGAGAACCCAAUGUAACUACAGAACCCAUGGUUACUACAGAAGCAGAUGUAACUACAGAGUCCAAUGGUAUUACAGAAGCAAUAGAAACUACAGAACCCAAUAUAAAUACAAACCCCAGUGUAACUACAGAACCCAUGGUUACAACAGAACCGGAUGUAACUUCAGAACUCUUGGUAACUACAGAACCCAGUAUUACCACAGAACCCAAUGUAACUACAGAAUCCAGUGUAACUACAGUCUCCAUGGUAACUACAGCACCUAGUGUAACUAGAGAGCCCAGUGUAACUACCGAACCCAAUUUAACCACAGAACCCAGUGUAUCUACAGAACCCAGUAUAACUACCGAACCUAAUGUAACCACAGAACCCAGUGUAACUACAGAACCUAUUGUAACUACAGAGCCCAGUGUAACUACCGAACGCAAUGUAACCACAAAACCCAGUGUAACUACAGAACCCAGUGUAACUACCGAACCCAGUGUAAACACAGAACCCAGUGUAACUACCGAACCCAAUGUAACCACAGAGCCCAGUGUAACUACAGAAUCAAUGGUGUCUACAGAACCCAGUGUAACUACAGAACCCAGUGUAACUACAGAAUCCAUGGUAACUACAGAAUACAUGAUGACUACAGAUGUCUUGUGCGCAACCAACGUUACUUGGUAUGGGAGUAACUUUUAUCAGUUUCAAGUAGAAGAACAUUCUCCCCCAGACACGUUUGUUGGUGACAUAUCAGUAGAAGCGUACGACAUGCAAGAACCAGUUUACUCAAUACUAGAAGACUAUGCUGACAGUGUAUUCAACGUGACUGGUGAUGGUUAUAUUGUCACGGAUGGUGAUAUAGACAGAGAAGUGAAUCAGACCAUAACAUUCACUGUUGUUAUUCAGAAUCAAUAUAACACUGUCACAGUUAAAUACGUUCCUGUGCACGUAACUGUGUUAGACAUCAAUGACAACAUCCCCAUAUUUUCACCCACAAUAUAUAUUACAGAGAUAUUGGAAUACUCAGCAGCGGACACCUUUAUUUCCCCUGUGUAUGCAACUGAUUUAGACUCGGGAAAAAGAGAAUCCAACGUUACCGACUUCACAAUUAAUUCAAAUACGGGAAUAGUUACAACAGCGAAACCGCUCGACAGAGAAGACAGAUCUUCAUAUCGAUAUUCAAUUAUGGUCUAUGUUGAAGAUGACGCUAUAUGUCUCGUUGAUCCGAUCAUAGCGGAGCUUAAGGUCAUGGUCGUUGACGAGAAUGACAACUCUCCAUAUUUUGCACGUGAUUAUUAUGAAGGUCAGGUGGAUGAAAUUGACCAGCUUGAUGAGACUCCCCAGGGAGGUGAAGAAGUCCUUCUGACUUAUCCAAUAAUGUCAACAGACUGGGACUAUGGAUUCAAUGCUUCAACAAUAUAUACACUCGCUGGUGAUGGUCACGAACAGUUUAAAAUAGAUGAAAAAACAGACUUGGAUCGUGAAGAACGAGAUCGUUAUGAUUUAGAAGUGAUAGUUUCUGAUCGUGAUGGUGUAGAUGACCUAAGUCUUAACACUAGUGUCCCAUUAAUUAUAGAACUACUUGACGUAAAUGACAAUUAUCCACAAUUUACUGAAAAUGAGUAUUAUUACAAAAUUUGUGAGAACACGCCCACUGGAUACGAGAUUGACGUUAUUACUGCCACGGAUAAAGAUAUUGGAAACAAUGCCGUGAUCAGUUUUGCGAUUCAUACGGGCACAUAUGGUCAUUUCGAAAUCAACCGAAACACUGGCGUUUUGAGCGUAACACACACUCUUGACCGUGAAACCAAAGCAAAAUAUACAUAUAACAUUUCGGCUAGUGACCAUGGCGUACCUAUUCUAACUAACUAUACUGAAGUUAUUAUUGACUUACUCGAUAUCAAUGAUAACCAACCAACAUUUACGCAAAGUGCGUAUAGAGCCCAGCAAGAAGAAAGUGUCCCUAUUGGAACAAGCGUGUUACAAGUAACAGCUGUGGAUUCAGAUGCAGGUGAAGUAAUGACACUUGUGGCGCUUGAUUACGAAGAUACAGAUGGCAGAGUUUACACGAUUUACGUAUUUGCCGAAGAUUGCGGCGAACUGUCCCAUACAGGUUCCAGUCAGGUUACAAUCACCGUCACUGACAUCAAUGACAAUGCACCACAGUUUGCAAGCACGUAUGAAUGCACUAUUGACGAAACCAUGAUUGUAGGUGACAUAGUUGUGAUAGUAGAGGCUACAGAUGCUGACAGUACUACCAAUGGAGAGGUGACGUAUUUUCUUGACAACAAUGAUUUCUCUAUUGAUGACAGCGGUGUGAUCACACUUGCUACAGACGCCAGGUUUAUCAUCUGCGAAAAUGAAGACUGCUGUGCUGAGAUCAACGUUACUGCACGGGAUGGCGGUGUACCUUCUCUCUACUCAAGUACUAAUGUGUUUGUGUCAAUGACUGAGGGAGGUCGUGGAUUGGAAUUCAAUCAAAAAGAAUAUCGUGAACAAGACCCACCCAUAUAUGUGCUAACAGUGUCAGUUACUAACGACGAUACAGUGGAUUACCACAUUACUAGUCAUGUGAACGAGUUUGUGAUCAACCCAACAACGGGUGAUAUCUUCACUGCUAUAAAGUUGGACAGGGAGGAAGAAGCAAGGUAUUCAUUCUCUGUUGCAGCUAGAGAUCCUGCUGGAGAUUAUUAUGAAGGCUAUACAUUGGUAAAUAUUUUGGUUAAUAAUAUCAACGACAACAGUCCAAUAUUUGACAGACCGUAUUACAGCGGUGAAGUGAAUGAGGGAAAUUAUACUACGCGGUAUGUUGCAAUAGUGACUGUGAUAGCAACUGAUGCAGAUACGGGUCACAAUACUGAAAUAACGUACAGCAUAACAGAUGGACAUAAUGGUGAGUUCUUCAUCGAUUGGAAUGGAACCAUAUAUGCUGCUGGUAAUAUUGACAGAGAAGAAAUUGCUUUGUAUACGUUAACAGUUAUGGCCACAGACAAUGGGGAAGAACCACAGAAUAGUACUGUUCCUGUAGACAUCAUAGUUAUUGAUCUCAAUGACAACACGCCUACAUUCACGGAAAGUCACUACAAAGGUUUUGUUGAGGAAAAUGUACAGUAUUACGUCAAAAUCGUCGAAGUGAGUGCAACUGAUGCAGAUGAAGGUUCCAAUGCUGAUGUGUACUACACAAUUUUGUGUGGGGACGACGGCGACUUUGUAAUUGACAUGUAUUCUGGGAUCAUCGCUCCUGCUGCAAAUGCUGAAAUUGAUUAUGAGAUGAAAUCGAACUACACAUUGAGGGUUUCAGCGCAAGAUGGUGGAACUCCUUCUUUAAGGAAUGGUAGUAGCGUUUACAUACAGGUGAUCGAUGUCAAUGAUAAUGAACCUACUUUCGUUGGUGAACCAUACGAUGCCGAAGUACUCGGUAAUGCAGAUGUUAAUACAACAGUGAUUACUGUAGUUGCCAUGGAUGCUGAUUCCGGAGAGAAUGGCAGAAUCACAUAUACUAUGAAAGGUGUGCUGCAUGGGGAAAUCAAUACCUACGCACCUGUAUGUGAUCCAUCAAAUUGCACUGCCGGAGUAAGCGAAGAUGCACCCGAUGGUACCUACGUUGUCAAGGUUAUUGCUACGGACAAAGAUGCAGAAAAUAAAUCUGCAUCUGAAAUUGAUGGGUCUGGAAUUGUCUACUACGAAAUUGUUCAAGGAAACGAUAACGGCUUCUUUGAAAUAGAUGUAAACACUGGAGUAAUACAAACCAAUGGUACGAUUGACUGGGAAGUGGAAGCGAUUGUGUAUCUGAUAGUCUCAGCAUAUGACGGGGGAAUACCAUCAAACCAAGACAAUGCUACUGUUGAUAUCACUUUAUUAGAUGUCAACGAUUACCCACCUACUAUUGAUCCAGACGAAAUGUUUUCGUUUGUUUACCAUGAUUCUCCAAUAGGAACAUUUGUUGUAGAUGUCAAUGCCACGGACCCAGACAUGAUUGGAAACAUAACAUAUUCGCUGUCACCUACAAAAGAGUCUGUCCGAGUCCUGUUCGAAAUCGAUGAACAGUCUGGCGUUAUUACAACGAACGCAAUAUUUACCAUUGAUGUGGCAGAUUCAGAGUAUUUGUUGAUUGUUAUAGCAAUAGACGGAAACUCUGACUAUGAACACAACGACUUUGGGUAUGUCACGGUUAAAUUACGUUAUAACGAUCCAAACACAAACAGUCCGGUAUUUUCAGAAGAUGAAUACUCCACAGUGGUACCCGAAGAUCUACCACCUGGUUCAAUUCUAGACUUAGACAUCAUAGCUAUCGAUAUCGAUGAUGGUGACGAUGGAAAUGUGAUGUAUUCACUUGCAUAUGAAGGAAAUGAGAGGGGAAUAUUUGAGAUCGAUCCAGUUACUGCCAAUAUAUCCACUCUUUAUUCGCUGGACCCCUUCGAGAUAACACCAUUUUACAAUUUGACUGUUAUCGCUACUGAUGGAGGAGAACGACCUAAGUCAAGUACUGUUCCUGUAUAUGUUACUGUCACAGACGUAAUAGACUCAACUACACCAAGUUAUUCGGAAUGCCUGUCUGAAGAUGACAAAUGUAACUGUAAAAUAUUAGCAACAGUUAUAAUGCUGUUAAUAUGUAUUGUUGCUGCGAUUGCAGUCUAUUAUUUCUGUAGACUAAGAUGUCAAGAAAAAGAGGGAUAUAAAUUGCGACACAGAAAAAGAAGUGCAACAGAGGGCAAAAGUGGUGAAUUUGCAAAAAUGAAGACUGCAAGUCUAACAUUUUUUCCUAAAGAGAAUACUGACAUUUUGGAAGUACACAAUUUUAUUGUAAAAUUGAGGGAAAUGGGUUACAUCAAACCGCAACGCGACGAUUUUACUAAAUUACAAGAUAUAUUGUGUUCUGCUGGCAGAAAUGAUCUUGCAGAUAAUAUACCAUCUAUGUGGAUACAAAAACAAAUUGAGUAA